AUGGCAAGAAAGAGGGUUAGAAUUGCGAGGAUUGUGAAUGAGAGUGCUAGGAAAGCUCGUCUUAGAAAAAGAAUGGCUGGCUUGUUUAAGAAAGCGGAGGAGCUGUGUGUCCUAUGCGACGUGCAGAUCGGCAUAGCCAUUUACAGUCCGGAUGAAACUGCAGCAGGUCCGGGAGUGUGGCCAUCCCGGGAAGAGAUGGAAGGACUAAUGAUGAAGUUUCUUGGGAUGCCGGAAUCCGAAAGAGCCAGAAAAAGUAGUACACUUGAGAACUACCUCGAGGAGAGGAUAGAGAAAGAGGAGGUGAAGAUGAACAAAGCUAAGAAGAAGAAUGAUGAGAAGGAAAUGGAGCAAAUCUUGUGGGAACUAGUUGAAGGUAUUAAUAAUGUGGAUGUAAAUGGACUAGUUGAUUAUAUGGAUCAUAUUGGUGGUCCUAGUAGUAGUGGAGGGAAUGACUUGGGACUGCCACCGGAGUAUGCUGCCGGCGGCACAAGUGGUACAAAGGACAAGGAGCUGCUGCCUGAUGACCUAGAUAGUGCAUGGCCUCACAUUUACUCUCCCUGA